UAUUCACCCAUUUGAGGUCUCGCCCGUGCAUUUCUGUAUAGAACGCUGAUAUCACCAGACCGUUCUACCAAUAUUGCAAGGGAAAAUAUCUAAAUUUUAAAGCUAAAUUCGGAGUCAGGGUCGACAAACUGGAGGGUAUAAAAUUUCACUGUGAAGUUGAAGUGGCUGUCAUCGCUUCCCUGUGACAGAUGUUUUAUGUGAUUAAUAUUCUUUGUUAAUUUGCGGGCAGACGAGAUCUGCGAUAAUAUAAGCUGUAGUUGAAUAUUGGUAGCUGUUAUAGACAACUGGGCCGAGUAACUCGGUUACUAUUAUCCCUUGAUAAAUGCGUGGCAUCUACGGUGGAUAGAUUUCCGGGAAGACUCGUAUACGGGUAUAACAACCAGCUGUCUUGACCACCACCAGAUCUACCACCACCACCACACGAAGACGAAACAUCCGGGCACGGCGAAUCAAAUAGUGUAGAUAGUUUGUGAUUGAAUAAUAUUGUAAUAAUUAAAAUGGCAAAGACCUAUGACUAUUUAUUUAAAUUGCUACUAAUCGGAGAUUCGGGCGUAGGCAAGACUUGUGUGUUGUUCAGAUUUUCGGAGGAUGCUUUCAACACGACCUUCAUAUCCACGAUCGGCAUAGACUUCAAGAUCAGGACUAUCGAGCUGGACAGCAAGAAAGUAAAGCUACAGAUAUGGGACACAGCGGGGCAAGAACGGUUUAGAACGAUAACAACGGCAUAUUACCGUGGAGCAAUGGGUAUAAUGUUGGUUUAUGAUGUGAACAAUGAAAGAAGUUUUGAAAAUAUAAAGAACUGGAUUCGUAACAUCGAAGAAAAUGCAUCAGCUGAUGUUGAAAAAAUGCUUUUGGGUAACAAAUGCGACCUAGCAGACAGGAGGCAGGUCUCAAAAGAAAGAGGAGAACAAUUGGCUGUUGAAUAUGGUAUUAAAUUUAUGGAAACCUCGGCCAAGGCUAGUAUUAAUGUUGAGGAGGCUUUCUAUACCUUGGCUCGUGAUAUUAAGGCCAAAACAGAAAAAAAAUUGAAGGAGGCAUCCAAUCCAACCAAGUCGAGUGGUCAUCCGUUGAGAGCUUCAGAGAUAUCGAGAAAGCCACCAGUCUGGCUCGCUCGUUGUUCCAUACUUUGACCCACCAAGCCACAAGCACAGUUUAUCGAGGCUCAUUCAUGUACUUCUAUCAUCAAUUUACGUUAUUUUUGUCGAACAAAAUUAACGUUCAACGAGGCUACACGCUUGCUCGAUAUUGCACUCCGACAUUUUAUUCUUUGACAACAAAAACUUGUUUCAUCAUUUGGGUGGUGUUUUUUAUAAAUUAUUAAUUGUAAAUCCUUUUACUGACCGAAGGAUCAGGGAAAAAACGACCAACUUACAUUCUGUUAUUCCCCCACACAUUCAAAUUGAAACUUUCAAGAGCAUGAGACUCGUGUACAAUGUGUUAUACUUAUUCGUUUAUCUUAUUUUAUUAUUAUUAUUUUUUUUCUCCUUGCCUUUGUGCCCGCACUGUGAUUGCUCCUGAAGACCAUAGUUUUGGUAAAGUUAUACUAUUUGUUGAAGAUUUGAUAUGCUAUCAUUAAAUUUGCCCUCGAUUCUUAAGCUACUCUCGUAUCUCUUGUCCUCGAAUUUCAUCAGUUCGUGUACAGUGACAAAGGCAUCAAAGAAAUCCGCGCAUGGAACGAAAGUAUUCAUGCAUUAGCAAAUUAUUUAGGUAACCGGGAGAUUUUAUGCUGUGUAACUGUGGGUGGGGAUUUAUGUACAGAGUAACUAUAGAAGAAGUCAUUUAUUGCUUAUUGUUGUCACAGCUUCUUACAUAUUCUUAUCGAUCUUCGCAUUUUAAUCUUUUGAUUCGGUUCGACAGAUUUGAAUAUACAUACGAUAAUACAUUUUAUAUUAAUCCUA